AUUCAGGAAUUGAGCACAUCCGAAAAUGGCAAUUUCGUGGUGAGUCCUUUUUCAAUUGAAGCAACUCUUGCUUUGGCCAAAACGGCUUUCAAAGGAGAGUCACUUGAAGAAAUACGUAACGUUUUACACCUCCCAGAUGACAAGGACAAAUUAAUAAUACAAUCACUGUUGUCUGAAGCAAACAGUAAAUUCUACAACCUCCACACUGGAAGCAAAAUUUAUGUCAAAAAAGACAUUCCGAUUAAAGAAAAAUUCAAAAACACAAGUCAAGUCUUUUACGAAAAUUUGGACUUUUCCCAAAGCUACGACUCAUCCUAUUUUGUUAACAGAUGGCUGGAAGAUCGCACCGAAGACAGAGUUACAAAUGUGAUCAAUGCGGAUGAAUUAAAUAACACGACACGAGUGGUUUUAGUCAAUGGUUUAUAUUUCACAGGCAAAUGGUCGAAACCAUUUGCAUUUACCGCUAAUGGAAGAUUGAAAUUUUAUAAAAAACCAAACGAAACCAUCUAUGUUGAUUACUUGCGGGACACUUCUGCCCAUUUCAAUUAUUACGAAAGCCAAGAUUUAAAGGCCCAAUUUUUGGAAUUACCGUUCCUUGGAGGUGAAGCUUUGAUGGUUGUAGUGCUUCCAAAAGAAAAGGACGGUCUUUCAAGACUUGAAAAUCAAUCGGAAGCUGUUUUUUGCCUCAACACCAAAUGCAAGACACAUUAUUUAAUAUUUCCUGCCUAAAUUUCAAAUCCAGAGUUCAAAUAAUUUUGCUAAAAUAUUACCAAAAGUGAAUAUAGACUGGUUUUGGGAGCAAACACGAGGUUUGUUUUAGUUGGGAGUGAGGAAAAUUUUUAACGAGACUGAGGCCGAUUUGAGUGGAAUUGGCGGCAAAAAAGGCGAUUUAGUGAUUGAUAAGAUGGUCCAAAGUCUGUUCAUUGAUGUUAGCAAAGAGGGUGUUGA